UAAUCUUUUUGGUGCUUUGAAAAAAACACAAAUGUCUGCUGUUGGAAGCUCCAAAAGGAGUCUCCCAAAGACCCAAACUGGCCAACAACAUUAGCGACACCAUCCCCGUCUUCUUUCUUUUCAAAAGCAUCUCCCUCUCUAACACAGCGUUUGGUUUCACCUCUCAAAAAUCGAUCAAAUUCCCAAGACUCUUAAAUCCCUCCUCUUUGAAUGGAAGCAAUAAGAAAACAAGCCACAAAACUUAGAGAACAGGUCGCUAAGCAACAACAGGCUGUUCUCAAGCAGUUUGGUGCUGGUGGAUAUGGAGGUUCAGAUACUGUUAUUACUGAUGAAGCAGAACUCCAUCAGCAUCAGAAACUUGAGAGGCUUUACAUAUCAACACGUGCUGGCAAGCAUUUUCAAAGGGAUGUUGUUCGUGGUGUAGAAGGAUAUAUUGUCACAGGAUCUAAGCAAGUUGAAAUAGGAACAAGGUUCUCGGAAGACAGCAGGAAAUAUGGUGCUGAAAAUACAUGUACAAGUGGUAAUACAUUGUCAAAGGCUGCUGUGAAUUAUGCUAAUGCCCGUGCUCAGAUGGAAAAGGAACGUGGGAAUCUGCUGAAAGCUCUUGGUACACAGGUAGCUGAGCCAUUAAGAGCAAUGGUAAUGGGAGCUCCUUUGGAGGAUGCACGACAUCUUGCUCAACGUUAUGACAGAAUGCGACAAGAAGCAGAAGCUCAGGCUAUUGAAGUUGCCAAGCGCCAGGCAAAAGUGAGAGAAAUGCCAGGUAAUUCUGAGCUUGCAAUGAAGUUAGAAUCUGCAGAGGCAAAGCUGCAAGAUCUAAAGUCAAACAUGGCCAUAUUGGGGAAGGAAGCAGCUGCAGCAAUGGCUGCUGUUGAAGCCCAACAACAGAGGCUAACUCUCCAGAGACUUAUUGCUAUGGUUGAAGCAGAACAAGCUUAUCAUCAGAGAGUCCUUCAGAUACUUGAUCAGCUUGAAGGCGAGAUGGCAUCAGAACGACAACGAAUUGAAGCGCCUCCCACCCCAAGUGCAGAGAGCAGUAUGCCUCCACCUCCAUCAUAUGAAGAAGUUAACGGUGUGUACGCCUCUCAAGCACAUCAUAAUGGAACAACAGACAGCAUGGGUUACUUUUUAGGGGAGGUCAUGCAUUCAUAUCAAGGUCAAUCUGAUGUGGAGCUGACUUUGUCAAUUGGUGACUUUGUUGUUGUUCGAAAGGUGACAAACAAUGGCUGGGCUGAAGGAGAAUGCAAGGGUAAAGCAGGCUGGUUCCCAUAUGGGUACAUUGAGAGAAGGGACCGUGUUCUCGCUAGCAAAAUAGCUGAAGUGUUCUAGAGUUUUCUUCUGCGUUGGCUUUUGGGCAGAGGAUUUUGUUUUGAGUGUAUGUUUUGCACCGCAUGUUGUCAAAUGCAGAGGAUGAUUGCUGCAGAUUGAAGAUCAGGAAAAAAAUUUGUUGCGAAUCAGAGGCUGUGGCUUUCCUUUCUUGUGAUAUAGAUACUGGUAUUACGUUGUGAUCUUAUUGAUAUAUGAAUGCGUUCAUGUGUAUUAUUUGUUAAUUAUUUUGUUCUAGGAAUACGACUGAGAUUUUGACCUGAGUUGUUGAUAUUGUGAAUUUCCUGUGAAGAAACUUUUUUCUCCAA